AUGGCCAACAGAAGUAGAAGAGUCAUGAAAGAAAUUCAAGAUUGUCAAAAAGAUAUUGGUGUUUCUCAUAUCGAUAUCGAACCUGUUGGAUCAGAUAUGUCAAAGUUGAGAGGUAAAUUUCCAGGUCCACCUAAUAGUCCAUACGAAGGUGGAAUUUUCGAAGUUUCGAUUGAUAUUCCAGAUAGAUAUCCAUUCGAACCACUCAAGAUGAAGUUUAUAACCAAAGUGUAUCACCCGAAUGUUUCAUCACAAUCAGGAGCGAUUUGUUUAGAUAUUUUAAAAGAUGCUUGGUCGCCUGUCUUGACUUUAAAGACUACACUUGUUAGUUUACAAAGUUUACUUUGUAGUCCUGAACCUAAUGAUCCUCAAGAUGCUGAAGUUGCUAAAGUGUAUUUAACUGAUCGAGCAACUUUUGAACGUACUGCAAGAUACUGGACAGAAACCUAUGCAAAAGGUACCAAACCAUCAAGUUCAAGUUCGAAUGAAAUUGCCUUAGCCGGAUUAAAUCCAGCUUAUGUACAACAAUUCGAAACCAUGGGAUUCCAACGUCAUCAGAUUAUAGAAGUGAUGAAAAAAUUAAAUUAUCGUGGUAAGAAUGUAAGUUUAUUAGGUGAAGAUGCUGUGAUUGAAGCUUUACUUUCUGCUUGA